GCAGCGUACGACAAUGAGCACCUCUUUGUUCGUUCCAUGCCCAGCCAGUAUGAAAGUCUUCAGGCUGCGUUGAAGGGUUUGAAGGCCAAGGAGCCGGAUAGGAACGUGGUGCUUGUCGUUGACAAUGGGUUCAUGGGCAUCUUGCCAAGCAUGUUGAAUGCCCCUGGUAUGAAACCGGAAGCACAUAUCACUCUAGGCAUACUACCACUGGCUCUCUCGAGUAUCGACACCGCGCCGUUCGGGUCCUGCCUCCUGCCAGACUCCUCUCCAGCUGGACGAGCCCGGAACACAGCACUCAACGCCACGAGGCGCGAAGAACUCUGUGAUCUCCAAAACGUCUUUAACGAACUCCUCUCUUCUGUCGGGGCGCGAACAACGGACCGCUUAUACACUGAUGAUGCAGUCUUGCUCCCCGAUCGCUACAUCCAGAUGUGCAUUCCCGAAAUCGAGUACCCGCGCUCCGACCUCCCGUCCAACGUCCGGUUCGCAGGCGGUUUGCCCCGCGGUGCCCGCGACGCCUCGACGUCCUUCCCCCCUUUCUGGGACGAAGUACUUCACAUCUUCCGAACCAAAGAGAAGAAAAUCAUCGCCGUGUCACAAGGCACCUUUUCCAACUUUCCAACUCAACUCCUGCUCCCCACCCUCUCCGCCUUAGCCUCCAACCCCAACCUCCUCGUAAUCGCCGUCCUCGGCUCCCGCGGUGCCUCUCUCCCUCCGGAGAUUCCAAUCCCUGCCAACGCCCGCGUCGUCGACUUCAUCCCCUUCGAUGACCUGCUCCCCUACUGCGCCGUCUUCGUCACGAACGGCGGCUACGGCGCCGUGCAGCACGCUAUCGCCAACGCAACCCCGCUGGUCGUAGCUGGCUCCACGGAAGAGAAACCGGAGAACGCGGCACGUGUGCAGUGGGCGGGCAUCGGGCUUGAUCUGCGGACGGGCACGCCGAGCGAGGAGGAGCUGCGCGUGGCGGUGGAGCGGGUGUUGAAUGAUGGUGGGUUUGCUGGGAGGGUCGCGGCUCUGAGAGAGAGUAUGGAGAGGUGCGACCCGUUGGGGGUUAUUGCGGGGCAGAUCAUGGAGUGUGGGGGAAAGUAAUCUAUCUCUAUUGUCCAUCACGCUUCUCUAUCUAAAGGGCAAGAGAGAUAUAACGUCUAUCAACACCUGCCCUCAUCUCCAACCACCUACCACAUUCAUACCUCCUAUUAUUACCUCUAUACCCAAUCCCCGCAUCCAACCACUAUGUCUUUCAGAUUUUUCUGACUACAAUCUCUACACUCGUCUAGACAUUAUGGCUUGUAUUGCCAAUUUUACUAGAUUUCUAUCGAGGAAGAUUCUCACUGUCUGUAGUUGUC